UGUCAAUUUUGCUUCUUGGUAACAUAACCUGUUGAGAAGAUAUUGUUUAUAAAAUUGUUAGGCCUAAAGAAGUUUUUCUUUUUAAAACAUGUUAGGAUAUAUUGAGUGAUAAAAUUAUGAAAUUAUAAUGCGAUCGCGAUGUGACUUAAGAGAUAUUUAUUUGGACAAUCUUGACUGUUGACAUGGCUUUGAGUCUGCCAUUGAACUGUUUUCUGCAAUAUUUAUGUUUGGUAUUUCUUAUACCAUCAUGUUUUCCCUUUACAUUAGAACCUGCAACAGUUAACAACUAUACUGAGGGAUUUGAUCUCUGUUUGGAAUUUACUGAGCUUGAAAACGGGAAUGUGACUUUGGUUAGCAGUGACAAAGGACAUCAAGAGCUCCAUUUGUCCUGCCUACAUGGAUUCUUCCUUGAAGGAAAAUCUGUAAUCAACUGUGACAAUGACCUUUGGACAAAGCCAUAUUGUGUGCACGAAGGCUGUGAGGAGCCUCCAAUGUUAGCUAAUGGUGAGAUCCGAGUGGAAGGCUACAAGGAUGACCAGCAGUAUUAUGCGGAAGGUGUUGUACUAGAGUACCAGUGCAUGAACGGCUUCCAUCUCUCGACUCUGGUCAAACGCAGGGUGUGUGAGAAGGGAAGGUGGACUGGCCAAGACCCUUCAUGUGAGCCUGACGGUUGUUCCAAGCCCAACUUAUUGGUGAACGGCCACUUUGUCCCUGACUACGACAUCAGCCAUUACCCUGUCGGAUCUUAUGUACACUUCUCAUGUGAAAUAGGUUUCCAACUUCAGGGUGUACCCACAGUCCAAUGUGUUGGAAAUAGUGAAUGGUCGCACACUCUGCCCCAGUGUUUAAGAGUUGUACAAGACGAGGGGCUGCCGUGUGCCCCACCGCCCCUGGGCCCCCACGUGGUGGUCACAGCUGUGCGGGGACUGCAGAGUGCUAACUCCGCCAUCUCCGGCACUACUCUGGAGGCCUCCUGUGAGACAGGCUACCGAGACCAGAUCAACCCUUGUGUGCCCUCACUGCUGCGCUGCAUCGACGGCAACUGGCAAGGCCACUUCGCCAACUGCGUGAGUGUGGACUCAUGCAUGUGCCCACUAAACAUCCCUCAUGCCACGAUGCUCCGGGCGUCACCGCGGGUGGGCCCUGGGUACCCGGUGGGAUCUCGGGUGGCCUACUCGUGUCACCCGGACUACCAGCUGGUGGGUAACGCCAUUCUCACCUGUCAGCAGGACGGGUGUUGGGACCCAUACAUCUUCCCGGUGUGCCACCCGCGUCAUCAGGCCACUCACAUCUUUGACAUGAACUCAGGAGUGUGGGGCGACUAUGUGAAGCUAAAUACAAGUCUGUUCCUGUCAAUGAUUGCAAUGGCUAGUGUCAGUGUGAUAAUGCUGUCUGUGUGUCUGGUGAUCCUGUGUCGUCCCAACCCAGCCCCCACACCCCCCGUCAAUCUGACUCCGCCCCCUGCCACGGACCCUGACAGAGUGGCUCUCAUAGCCUUCGCAGAUGGCGUGCAAAACUGUGGUCAGUCUGUGUUGCCCAGCUACGAGGAAGCUGUGAGGGGUAGUCUUGGGGGAGUGUUGAACUACAGACUACACAGACCUCACUGGACCACCAUGUUGGGAGGACAGCGACGCGGUAACCGUGACAACAGCAGACAGACUCCUAGCAUGCGUGACAGUAUGGGCUCCACUGACACAGUGACAGUGAGCGAGGUGUCGACCAACGUGACAGUUGACACAGUGUCAAGUCACAGCGGCUCUCAAACUGCAUCUUGUCACGCAAUCUGUGGAUCUCUAGCCUCCUUUGACACCAGCUCUGUGCUCAAUACUGACGGUGUUCCAUUGUUGGAGGUGAACGAGUUGGAAGAAGUAACCUCCAGCAGCCAAGGAGGCAGAAUCGUUCUCGACCCUGACUUUAAACUUCAGAGCGAUAUUGCUUCCAUUCAUUCUUAACUUCAACAUCCAGUUGAGUGUAUAUUAUUUUGCACUACUUGUUAUGCCACAGUUUCAUGUUGGAUCUUUUAACUUUUCUUCAUAUUCAAAUCGUUAAACUAAUGUUAUCAUUAUUGUUGCCAAAUGAUUCAUUCUUAUUGCAUCUUAAAAGUCAAAGUUUUUGGAGUAGACUAGUUUUAAAAUUGUAUUUGACAUAACAAUUUUAAAUUAUUGUUUGUAAUACUCAUAAUUUUAAACCUAUUUUCUAGUGCUUGUAGCUUUAAAAUUGUGGUUUGUUUUACAAACUCUAGAAAACUGAUUGUAACUAAUCAAUCCUAGUUAAUAAUAUUGGUUUUCACAAUCUAGUCAUUAGAUGUUACCAUACUAAAAUCCCCUUUUUUUAGAUUAAGUAGUUUCAUUCUGAGGUAAUGUCUCUCUUAGUCUCUUUUAUCCUUAAAAAUAAUCGAUAAUGUUUCUGUUUGUUAUUUUAGUUGUAGUAUUGAGAGUUAAAUAAAAAAUUAAAUAGUUUUCACAUAUUUUGCUCCAGUACUGUUAUGAAAUUACUGUCACAAUUAAAAGUAGAAUAUUCUAGACAGUCAGGCUAGAAUAGUUAAUGUUCAAGGUUAAAUUGAGAUUUUAUUAUUUCAGAAUUAUUUUGAAAGAUUAUUUAUUUUAUUGGCGAUAGAGGUAGGUCUUCACGUUUUUAUCUGCAGUAGGCCUAUAUAUUCAGGAGAUAAAUAUAGUUUUAUUUCAAGAUUCAUGAGGUACCUUUUUAUUGUUAUUAUUAGGAAGAUUUUAGUAGAGAUACGUGGCAGAUUUCACUGUUAAAGUAAUCACAGUAUUUUUGUUGAAAUUUAUAACUAGUUCACAUUACAUUGCAUUUUACCAUAUAGGAAAAAGAUUAAGAGCUGGCUAUUUGUUUAACUAUUUGUAUAAAUUAUGAUUUAAAAUGUGCAGGAUACUGGUAAUAUGUCUAGUCCACAUUAGCUUUUUUCUUUCUAUUUGCUCAAUACAUAAUAUAUCAUAGACUAUUCUGAAAUAAUUCAUUUCUAAUACUUAUUUUUAAGUUUCGUACCUGUCACAUAUAACACAUGCAUAAGUACAAUAAUUUUAGUAUAGUUUUUCAAUAGAAGCCAGGAAACUAUUUUUAAUGUUCCUAGUAGUUAAAGCAAUUUUUAAACGUAUGGCUCUUGCAAUAGUAGAUAAACAAAAGAAAAACACAAACAAAAGGUUAAAUAUAAAAAUUAUUGUUAUCAUUUUUUUACUAUUUCUCCCUUUUCCCAAUUGAAGUUUAUCUUUUUAACCAUUACUUUACCUAACAAUUAGCUCAAACUUGGUUUUAAAAAGCCUAAAACUGUUUUUACAAGAUAUUUUCAUAUCUUACUCGCCAUAUAAAAUAGCUUACUCUCUAUAUGGGAAAUUCGCUAAAAAGCUGCAUCUUAUAGAGUUAAUUAUUGCAAGAUGCCUAAUGAUGUAUAAUGUUGUCUGUAGAUAACUUUUCUUCCUUUGAGAUCAUUUACAAAGGUUUUUUUGUUUGUAUAUUUGUGAAGAUGACUCGUUGUACAUAAAAAUCAACAUUAUUUUUAUUGUAUUCACUUACUUUUAAAUUGCUUAAAAUGAUUACAGUAUUGAUAAAUUACUCUUGAAGUAUUAAAACCCUCCUGAGUGUCCCUUGUUUUUGCCUUAAUGUCCGCCUAUUUUUGGCGCAUUUGCAAGGUUUUAUUAAAACGGAUCUGAGAAGCUUAAUCAGCUUGAUGUUAAUUCUACUAUUCUAUAUACCAUUUUGUUUGGAAAAUCAUGGGCUUCAAUAUUAUACAUAAAACAUAAGGAACAUUUGUUUCAAAAAAAUUUUUUAGGUAAAAAAAAUAUUUUGGAAAAUUUUCAAAAAAAAAAUAAGUUCCCGCUCAAUGAAAUUGUAUAAAUUAUAGGCCUAUAAAUAUUUGAAAAUAGCCACUUUGUUCUAAAUUUUAUGAGGAUUACAAAUAUAUAAUAAUAUAAGGAAGUAGAUUUGCAAAUAAAUAAGUUAUGGGCAAAAAACAGAUUUCAGUACAUAGCGUUUAGCUAUGAAUGCAUAGCCUAACCAUAGCUAGGAAUCUGGCUGAUAAUUUACAUCAAUAUCACUACCUACUUCUUCAGGAUCAUCAACCAGCCCUUCAAAAUAACUUAAAUCUUCUUAUAAUGUACCACGUAUAUCACUACUUUUGAUUUUUAAUACUAAAACAAUGAUAAACGUAAUAAAACACAUCAGUCAUCGGUCCGAGGUUAACCAAGCUGUUUACAAAUACGCACGUCAGCUGUCUGCUACAAUAUUUUCGGAACUAAAUCAAUAGCGCUUAGAGACAGACCUCCGGAGAAAGCUCUGAAUCUAACAAAAAGAACGAUACCUAACUCGAUUCAGUUAAAUCCGAUUCAGUCAGUCAUAGAGCCUUCACCGUAAACGAUGUUCGUGUGUCGAAAAAUCGACAAGUGACACUACACAAAGUGUGUCGUGAAUCGAUUUUUCGACAAGUGACGCUCGGAGGGUUAAAAAACUUCAAGUUAAUUAAAUCAACUGAUCACCAUAAGAAACUAAGUAUUUUUACCAAAGUCUUGCUGUUUCAUGUUGCUUGGCUCCACAGUAACAUAUUUUAAAACCUUCUCACUAAAACAAAUAAAAGUGUAAAUAUUAAAUGAGUGAGUGACUGAUGUGCUCUUAAUGUAAGAUAUUGUUUCUUUAACAGGUUUUUGUUUAUAUGUCAUGUUUUAAUUUUUCUGGCAGACUUGUGGCAUGAUUUGCUUUAGUUUGGAUAUUUAAACAGUUUGAGCUCUUAAAGAUCAAACUAAACAUACCUUCACAUUGAGAUAUUAAACAUAACUAAAAAAACUGCCUGAAAGACGUGCCCGACAUGUGUUGCUUCGUGGGACUUAAUUCCAGUCAAUGUUGAAAUACGUUCAAUUGAAUGAGUAUUAACCCGACCAUAGACCAAGUGUUACAAUCUAAACCUGUUAUUGUGGAGCUAUUUUAUUUGUUAAAUGUCAGUGUCCACAGAAAGCUUACCUUUUUGAGACAAACAUUUUGUAAACUUUUAAAGUAGGUGGUAAAUGUGUCUUUGUAUAGCACUUAGAUUAUCUAACAAAAGUUUUAAAUAGCUCAGAUAUUUGUCUGUUCUUUUUCUAAAGCUGCUAUGUAUUCUCCUGAUAUUUUAAUUGUUCAUAUUAAACAUAGAGCUUUCAAUUUUGUGCUUCCAAUAAAUAUAAUUUCAACAAAGUAUUUGUAUAUUUAUGAAUUCUACAAUGUUACAAUAACAGAGAAUAUUUUACUUAUAAAAGUGACUCAUACAACAUAAAUUAUUUUAAAUGUAAAUACAAACCAUUUCAAAGGUUGUGUUAGCUCAAAGGAUUUGUCAGAUGAGUAGCAUCAUUCAAUGAUUUUUAUAUAGGACUUUUCCUAGCCUGUUGAAUAAUUAUUUUACGUUUUUAGACACAGUUACUGAUAAAAUAGUUAUGCUGGAAUUUCUGCUAAAUUAUCAACUAAACUAGUACAGUAAUAAUAGUUUUAGAGAUUUAACUUUCUAAAGAUUCAAAAUAUUUAGAUAGUACUUGCUUAGGAUUUAAAUGCAGUAUUAUGAUAGUCAGAGAAUCUAGUUUUAUCUAUUUAAUUAGUUAAACAAUUAGACCCUUUAAAAACAGAAAUCCCGUACAAUAAAUUUUUUCAGCUCUGUUCUUAAGAUCAUGUCUAGGAUUUCCCCCCCUUCGAAAUCACAGGCAAAGAAUUAUGUCAUUUAGAUAAAAGAACUUUAAUUUUGUCAAGUGUUAGCCAAUUUACUGGCUUAGUUAGCUAUAUUUGUGAAUGUAAGCUUUCUGGGUUUAUUUCAUUUGUGAGUUAAAUUUAUUAUACUUUUUUCUUCGAUGUUGAAAAAUUUGUUAUUUUUAGAUGUUCAGUGCACUGUAAUCUAGUAUUAAGGCAUAUUGUGGAAUAAGUAUUGCAAGACAACAUAAAAUAAUUUCAGAAUUAAUAUUUGUGAAAAAUCAAGAAGCUUUUUCAGUACGGUAAUGGUUUUUUUAACCUCUGAACAUAUUAUUGGGGAUAACUAUAAAAACCUAAUGAAUAUUUGUCUUUUUUUUAUUCACUUCAUCAUUUGUUCUUAGUAUUCUAAAUUAAAUUUGGUCUAUCUAAGAACAUUUUAGUUUAAAAAGAACAUUUUGUGUUUAGAGUGUUAGUUCAAGUGUUAUGACUUAAAAGGCAGAAAAAAUAUUGAAGCAUUUUUAUGUCAGAAUGCUAGCUACGUUAUUUACAAAUCAUUGUGGAGUUGGUCAGAAGUUUUCAACAAUUUAAAUAAUAUGGAACAUAAACUCAUAACAAACAAAAAAUAUUACUGAUUGAACAGACACAAAUCACACGUGUGAAACAACACUGUUGGAGAGUUAAGUUGUGAUUGUUCGUAAUAAUAAACAAUUGUAGAGUGGUCGGCCAUUAUUAAAUGUAUUAUUUUCAAAACGGAGAACGGCAACAACCAAGUUUACUGACAAUUUUAUAUCUUAUAUUUUAUUGAUUACAAAUUAAAAUAUUUUUUAGCUAAAAUUAUUUACUUUUAUUUAACAUGUCCACAGAGUUCUGGUCCCAUACUUUUUAUUUAUUUAUUCCCUGGAAAAGUGAUGCAUUACAAUAUUUAUUCUAUGGUAUGGUAAUUCUUAUGAUAAUUUUGUAGAUAGAGUAUAUUUAUUGUAUAAUUGUAAAUAAAUGUAUACUUAAUAAGUUA